AUGUGCGUUGCGCAACAGCAAUCGGGACAUGGUAUGACUAUGUUUGUCAACCAAACCCAGCAAGAUGAUUUUGGUGGAGGUCACCGAAUUUCUGAUCAGAAGGGCAUGGCUAUUACCAUUAGGCACAGCCCCGGGAUUCAUCAACUUGGUUCCAUCGGGAGGGAUAAGGGCACCCGCUUUCUUGAUUAUUUUGUCUCUUUCAUUCAGCAGAACAUGUUCACGAUGAGAUUCUCGUCAAUAGUUCCGGACCUGCUUCCUCUAAUUUCAACUUCCCCAGUCCUAUAUAAUGCAGUGAUAGCGGUUGGUGCUUUGGAGGCGAACCGACAUUUCGCUGGACGCACGUUACAGGGAGAGGAACCCCCCUAUGUGGAUUCCAUGACCUCUUACCAUAAGUCAAUAGGUAUUUUGCGGUCGUGUCUGGGAAAAAGCAAUGUGAUGCAAAGAGAGGACGUUCUCUGGGCCACAUUUUUCCUGGGGCUGUUUGAGUUGCUCUCGGAUGAUUCGGGUGAAGGCUGGGUCAAGCACAUGCUCUAUGGAACAUCAAAAAUGUUCCAGCUUGCAGGACCAAGCGAUUGCAUGUCAUCGGCCCGAAGGAUAUUCUACGACCUUUUUCGUAUCCUCGAAGCCAGCCGAGCAUUACUCUAUAAUGAAGAAACGAUCCUUUCACAGGAAUGUUGGGUUCUACUCCAAAAAACCCUGUCAAGCAAUGCCUCUCGAUGGGAGCCCAUGGAAGAGAUUAUAACCAUCAUGAUUCAGACAUCCACCUUCAGCCUACGAGCCGCUGCUAUAAUUAAGAUGAUUCCUGAAGCAGAGCGGUUCACAGAUCCAUCAGUUGCUCUGCUUGCGGCUGAAGGUCUCAAUGCACAAGACACUAUCUAUAACUGGCACACGCAGACGUUGCUGCAGCUGGCCCAGGAUGGCCCUACUGAAUAUUCAAACUUAGCUUUGUUGUAUUACCACGCGCUGCUAAUCUUUCUCUCUGGCAACUAUGACUAUUUCCCCUACUGGGACAAGAUCCCAGCCCCGGUGUUAUCCCCUGCUGAAAUUUCUGAACACCUGGUUGCAAUCCUGGAUCUCUCGGGCGAGGUGUUGUGCCACUCCAAGAUUCCGGGAGUGAUGCUGUUUUUCCCAGUUACCGUUGCAGGAUCUCGAGCCCGGAGAGUUGAACAAAGAUCCAAAGUACUGAAUCUGCUCGACUGGGUCUUCUGUCAAGGAUUCGUGGUCGCAAACAGGAUACGGGAUGGUUUGCUGGAACGGUGGGCCGAGAGGGAUCGGGAAGAGAUAAUGCAUCUGGCCACAUGA